GCAACUGAAAGUCAAGCAUAUAAUAUUCUACAUAUUCUGCAUUCUUAUCAUUGUUUUACAGGACUACAAGUUAAUAUGGCUAAAUCAACAAUUUUUUUCAGGAAGAAUACAUCUCAGGAAAUGCAAAACAAAUGUUGUAGCAUCCUAGCUGGGAUACAAGUCCACAACUCCGCCAGAUAUCUUGGACUCCCUCUGGGCAUUGGCAAAUCUAAAAGAGAAUCCUUUGAAUACAUUCUAUCUGUGGUCAGAAAAAGGAUUCUUAGCUGGAAAAACAAAUGGCUUUCCUCAGCAGGUAAGGAAGUACUAAUAAAAGCAGUUUUAAACGCCUUACCUGUGUUUGCUAUGUCUU